AUGGGGCGAGGAGGUCCGGGAGUGGCAGCAGAGGUGGCGGGGGAGUCACAGGGGGGUGCAGCAGCUGCAGGCAUGGUUGGGCGGGGGGUGGGCCUGGUACAGCAGGGCAGGCCGGGGCAGGCAGCAGUGGCGGUUGGGGGCCCAGGCAUGGGGAUGGGGAGAGCAGGUGGAGCAGCAACGGGGCCGAUGGUGUGGGGCCAGGCCGGGCAUGGCAAGGCGUGUGGUGGGGGGCGUGGUGGGGAUGGGAGGGCCGGUGUCAGGGCCGAUGGGAGGGCCGCUGCCGCCGUUGCUGCUGGUGCUGGUGGGCCACAGCCCACUCCCGCUGCUCCUGCCACUGCUGCAGGAGCAGGUGGUGUGAGGCCGCCUGGGCAGCCCCCGCGGUACCUCAAGCUGUGGGAGGGCACGCUCAUGGGGCAACGAAAGGACAAGUUUGUUGAGAUCUGCCGCGUGGAGGUGAGAUCUGCAGAAUGGAGGUUAGAUCUGCCGCAUGGAGCUGAGAUCUGCCCGUUCUCUUGCUCGCUUACGCUACGCAUAUGGGAGAUGGCAGGAAAGGCGGAGCUGCUGGUGUUCUGCCCCAUGUCGUCCCACGUGUUCCUGCAGCUGAUGGGUGAGAAGAAACUCCUUAUUCUCUCUACUUCUCUCUACUUCUCCUCUUUUCUUCUCCUCUCUACUUUUCUCUGCUUCUCCUCUCUACUUUUCCUAUCUGCUUUACCUCUUACCUCCUCUUCUCUUCUCCGCUUCUCCUCUUUACUUAUCCUCUAUGCUUAUCCUCUCUAUAUCUCUCUACGCCUCCUCUCUACUUCUCCUCUCCACUUCUCCUCUCUUCUUCUCCUCUCUACUCCUCUCUUCUUCUCCUCUCUGCUUCUCCUCUCUGCUUCUCCUCUCCGCUUCUCCUCUCUGCUUCUCCUCUUUGCCGCUCUCUACUUCUCCUCUCUACUUCUCAUCUAUACUUCUCUUUACUUCUCCGCUUUGCUUCUCCUCUCUGCUUCUCCUUUUUGCUUCUCCUCUCUGCUUCUCCUCCCCACUUCUCGUUUUUGCGUCGCCUCCCUACUUCUCCUCUCUAGUUCUAUCUGA